AUUGAUUAGGGCCUGCCGAGCAAUGCUACAAUGCUAGCAUCGUGAAAACUGGAGUGACCGCCAUGGUGUGUGUAAUAUUUGCAGGCAACAAACUUCGCCUAUGCCCCGAACAUGUACUUGGCGCGCAACUGAGUCGCUGUUUCCUGAAUGUACGACGGAAUCGAACGGUGGUGGAGUAUCGUUCCUCGCCCACGCCCUUUGUACUAGCGCGGCUUUAAUCGUCUUUGACAAGACUCAGUGCAGAAGAUCGCACUUGUAACGAACGUCUGCUUCCUUCGCACCGUGACAUCUAACUCAAUCCUUGCAACACCCCGACUUCGAAAAGCUUGCCAGUUGAAAUAGGCUUUAGUAAAAGGCGUACAUAUAAAACAGGCACGAAACGCGUUGCGCGCUUCCGAGCACUGGGGCCUGUCAUCCGGCCAUGUUACUUAAAGGGCGGACCGUCAUCUUGCCACAGCGCCGGACCCUUGGAACAUGUGUACUGGCUCCAAAACGGCACAGGCAGGCGCUUCCCAAAGGCCGAACCACGUCUGGAGCUGUGGUCCUAGCCACUGCUGCACCCACACUUGCUGAUGUUCCGGGCAUCCCUACAACUCACGAUGCCAAUGUGCACGGCACCAGCGGCGCAGUGACAGUUGAAAAGCCCGGCUUGAAGCGCGCAACGGACCCUCGAUCCAUCAUAUUCGUAACUUCAGAGGUAGCCCCCUGGUCCAAGACGGGUGGUCUGGCGGACGUGUUGGGCUCGCUGCCCUUCGCCCUGGCGCAGCGGGGGCACCGGGUCAUGGUGGUGGCGCCCAGGUACGUCCCCUACGAGGGGGUGGAGGACACUGGGGUGCGUGUCCAGCUGCUGGGGCAUGCGGAGGUGGGCUACUUCCAUGCCCAGAUCCGCGGAGUGGACUUUGUGUUCGUGGACCACCCCUCCUACCCGCGACCCGGGGGGCUGUACGCGGACGCGCAUGGGGUGUACGGCGAUAACCAGUUCCGUUUCCAGCUGCUCUGCCUGGCGGCCCUGGAGGCGCCCUUCUUCCUGGACCUGCCUGUGCCCCCGCAGCAGCUGCCGGCAGGACAGCAGACACCGCUGGACCCCACACCGGUAGCACCAGCAGCAGCACCAGGAGCAGCAGGGGCUGAGCAGCAGCAAGGGGACGGCGAUGUGCCCCAUGUGUACCCCACCUCCUCCAGCAGCGGAGGGGAAGCUGCCGCAGGUGCCGCUGCUACGAACGGAGCGUCCUCCUCCUCUUCCAACGGAGCUAAGAGCCACAACAGCGGGGAGCCUCUGCACGCCCAGCACACCAACGGGACCUCCUCUUUACCCGCAUCAUCCUCAAACUCCCCCUCCUCCUCAGCUCCAUCCACCUCCUCCUCCUCCUCCUCCCCCGCUGCCCCCAGCCCGCCGCCUCCCCGCACCAAGUACGGCCAAGACGUCAUGUUCAUCGCCAACGACUGGCACGCAGCCCUCGUCCCCGUCUACCUCGCAGCCAAGUACCGCCCGCAUGGGGUGUACGGCAGCGCCCGGUGCGUGCUCGCCAUACACAAUCUGCGGCACCAGGGGGUGUUUUCCCCGGCCUCCUUCGCGACGCUUGGUCUUCCCGACCAGUGGUAUGGGUGCCUGGAGUGGCAGUACCCGCCGCACCAGCGGCAGGGGAGCUGGGCGGAGGAGGGGCGCAGCGUGAACCACUUGAAGGCCGGCCUCACCACGGCCGACCGCAUCGUCACCGUGUCGGCGGGCUACGCGGAGGAGAUCAAGACGUGGCUGGGCGGCUGGGGCAUGGAGGGCAUCCUGGCGGCGCGGGCGCCCGUGCUGAACGGAGUGGUGAACGGCAUUGACACGGACGAGUGGAACCCCGCCACCGACCCCCACCUGCCGUACAACUACGACACCACCAACUUCGUGGAGGGGAAGGCGAGGUGUAAGAUGGAGCUGCAGCGCGAGUUGGGUUUGCCGGUGUCUGAGCACACCCCGCUGGUUGCCUUCAUCGGGCGGCUGGACCCGCAGAAGGGGGCGGACAUCCUGCUAGCGGCGGCGGAGCAGCUGCUCAGGCAGCAGGACGUGCAGCUGGUGUGUCUGGGCUCCGGCACCCCCGACCUGGAGGCAGGUCUGCGCUGGCUGGAGGGGGAGUUCCGGGACCGGGCGCGCGGGUGGGUGGGCUUCAACGUGCCCUUCUCGCACCGCCUGACAGCGGCAGCGGACAUCCUGCUGAUGCCCUCGCGCUUCGAGCCGUGCGGGCUGAACCAGUUGUAUGCCAUGAGGUACGGCACGGUCCCCGUGGCGCACAAGACGGGCGGGCUGCGAGACACGGUGUUGGACUUCGACCCCUGGAGCCAGUCGGGCACUGGGUGGACAUACACCAGCUGCGACCCGCAGGGCCUGCUUCACGCCACGGGUCUGGCGCUGCUGACCUACCGCAACCACCGGGAGGACUUCCGGAAGCUGCAGCUCCGCGGCAUGCAGCGGGAGGCCUCCUGGGACCAGGCGGCGCAGCAGUACGAGCAGAUCAUCAGCUGGGCACUCGUCGACCCGCCGUAUUGCCAAUAGUGGGAGUAGUGGUGGUAGCAGAGGUGGU